GCCCGGGCCGUGCGGGCCCCGGGUGUGAGCAUGCCCGACGAGCGGGCCAAGCGGCCCGACAAGGCGCCCACCUACACGGGCGACAAGAAGGCGAAAGUGGCGGGCAACACGAACCGCAAGUGGGUGCGCCUCGCCACCGUGCUCGUGUACGUGCUCUCCGUGUCCCUCGCCGCCAUCAUCCUCGCCGUCUACUACUGCCUCAUCUGGAGGCCCGUGCACGCCUUGCCCGCUCCCACACAGCCGGAGCGGGCAAGCCUCGCGCCGGCCUCAACGCUUAUGGCCUCAUCAUCCUCCUCCUCCCCUUUCUCAUCGUCCUUCUCGCCAUCACCACCGCCAUCGUCCUCGCUCUUGGACAAACCCGCGACGUCCUCCAAGAGUGGCCACGGCGAGGCGGGAGCACAACCAGGGCUGCAGGGACCGUAGUCGAACCGGGGACGCCGACGUGAGC